AUGUCAACCAGAGGAACAUCAAAGCCACGACUGUUGCAGCAGAAGAAUCCGGAAUUUGCCCCUUUUUUUCUAAAGUCCGGCCAUCGAGCGGAGCCGGGUAGUGUCGAACGCCUUAAAUAUCUAGAGUCUCUGGUUAACGAGUUCCGCUGCACAAACUUGACCGAGUAUAAGGAGCAGGUAAAGGCAGCAUUUCACUUCCUAAUGUUCAGAUCAUUGCUAAUUUAGGCAAUUUUGCCCAUGAUCCAAGAAAUUCGUCUCAGCUACUUGGUAUCGGAGUUACCAAAUUGUUUCGUGAUACGAUUGAAUUAAAUUUGAACAAAUCGCGAUUGCAAGGCAAGUGAAGAUCAGUUGACGCCAACACCUCCAUAAUAAGACACUUUGUGGGAUAUUCCCGACGAUUGUGUAUGUCGUGUUAGAUGUUUACAUGCAGACUCGUUUUUCUCACCUCAUUAACGAUCUCCCCGUAAACGCAAAACUUGUCAGUCUUGCUGCAAAUGAGUUUAGAAGUUAGUCUUUGUUGAGUCCGUGGACUCUGCCCUAGCACUGCCUCUAAACCAGCUGCGGGGAGACCUCGGUUGAAGUAUCACAUCUAACGCUAGAUUCCAUAUCGCUGUUCAACGUGAUUAAGAAGUCCAUUUGUGGUGCCUUGCAGAGUGUCAGCCGUGAUCCAAGAUCGUAAGUUGUCAGUAAAGUAAGACGUUUUAUGACCUAAUCCUUGAAGUCUCAAUUCGCCGAGGGGCAGCCAAGUUACUUGCCGUACUUGUUCUUGGAAGUUUUAACGUCAUAGACAAGUUAAAAUGAGUCCUUGACCCAUUUUCCACUCCUUGCUCACCUACAGUGUCUCAGCCGUCUAAUCCGACUGCAUCACAGACGGAUCCGACGUCCUCCUCUCGACUCUUGUCCCUUUCCGUCGCCGGCUUGACAAAUCUCAUUUCCUCUUCUCAGCCCAUUCGCGAGGAUUUGUUCACGUCUGGUGGUGUUCCUCUCCUAGCCAACUGCCUACACUCUCAGGAUCCGGAAGUUAUAGUGAAUGCAUUGACCUCCCUUGUCUACCUGUGCACACCAACCGCUCAAACUCCAGCCCUAGACUCUGUUGGCGUAAAAGCUUUUCAGGCCUCCCUCCCAACUCUCUUUCCGGGUCUUUGUGAGCGAGUUAGAUCGUUAACUAGAGCCAACAGUAGUCUAUCCGAUCGACGAAUCCCAGUCCUCGCGGAAAUUUUUCUGACCGAUUGCUGUGGGGACAGUAUCUAAGAUGCCCAGUCCACAUAUCUCUAGAUUACCCCUCGUCUUCCUGACUCCCAAGUUCACGUCAGCGCGUUCACUGUUGCAACUGCCAUCAAGACUCUGUUAUGCACACAGUGCAAAGCUUUCUCCGACAAAGCUAUUGCACGAAUUUCCAGAGAAAACCAAAUCAAUGAAGGUCAGUGCAUACUCGUACCCCCUCUCUCUAUCCCCAUUGGUCUGUGAAUUACACGGACAUCCAGAUCAUUAGGUUACUGAUUGUAUGCAAAUGGUAAUCUAUGUUGACUAUUGACUGCAUGUACUGCGCUUGUUUUUAGACCGCUCACCGUGACAGACGAUCCACAGCCCCUCUGUCUUCCCUCUCUGUUCAAGAGCCUGUUUCUUCUGUUGCUUCAAUUUCCAAUGCUCUGCGUCUAACCGGACCUUCUCAACCAUAUAAACUACUCAUCGGUCCUGGUACGGAGGCUUCGGAAAGAGGUUAGUUAUCUGGGCCAGCUUGUUGGCCACGGUAUACUUUUUCACCACUCACAACAUUGUCGGGAUUUUGCAGCACAAAAACUCGUAUCCUCUUUACUGCUACCGCUUAUCGAGUUUUUAUGAUAUUUAUUUUCUUCGGCAGAAGUGUCCACUCGGACAUAUUUUCGAAAUGUCUGGGAAAUUAUGAGUACAGGCGGCUCCCCAACAGUCGCUCACAUCAUUAGUUCAAGCUUGUCUCCUCUAAGGCUUUGCUUUAAAAACCUAACCAGAAGGCAACCAUGGUAAGCAAAUUUAUUUAAUGACGAUUCGCUACCACCGUGUCACACUGCCGUCAUCGAAUGGAUAGAGUAUGGACGGCAUUGUCUCCCGGACCGAUGCUGCCCACUGGAUUUUUUCAAGCCUUCGAGAGUGUCCACGGACCCGACGCGACAUCCCCAUCGCCGCGAGCAUUCGCGUGUACCAUGUAUCUCUCCGGUCAGUCCUGUGCGGUUGUUAAUGCUGGGCUGUGCGCAUGGAAGAUGAGCAAAAACUGAAGACAUUUGACCGCUGCUGGAGGACUAUACUCCGAUUGAAGUUCACCGAAUUUGUCACAAAUGAGACAGCCGCACCCGCUGCGACACCUCAGGAAUAUGUCAGGCUAUCCAAGAAAGAUGGCUGCGGUGGUUUGGACACGUUUGUUGUCCACCUUAAGAACUCAGUAUUUCUGUCCCCGACCUGGUGCCGCUACCCACUUGAAGGCGUUGAAGGGGGGGGGAUCAACUCAGAACCUGACCUGACACCGUCCGUCACAAUAUGGAAGUGGUUCUCGGACCAUCGACAUUUCGUCGCCCUCCUAUGCCAGACUGCCGUCGGGACUCUACGCGCAGGGUUAUUCUUAUCUGAAAUUAAGGAAAAGAACGUCUAAGCGAUGUGGCCAUUGAUUUUGAUGUCAAAUUUUCGAAUCGUAUGCUUAUGUUUAAGAGCUGAAUCGAGUUACUUUUCAUCCGUUCUACGGGGAACGGUGAUCUUCCCUUGGUUUCGACAUCUGCUGUCACUGUUUUCCACUAUGCGUCAACUUACAACCGUCUUAUCUGGGGCCGAUAGACAAUCGAAACAAGUAUGCUACCUUUCGCAACUCUAUUAAAGAGCUGAGUAAUACUGCCUAUCCGCCACUAGUGCGAAUUGCUUGAACAGAAACACCUGCCCUCACACUGUCUUUGCCGGCUUGUGUGCCUCCACCAAACUGGCAGGAAUCAGAGCCAAAGGCAAGGCGUCGUGAGGACUUGACCAUUCAACUCAGCGGCCAUAGCAUAUUCGUGCACAACUUCACCUUGUUACUGUAUAAUGAGUCGUCUUCUGUACUUCAGAUCCACCUGCUCGCCACCAACCACCCGAUAAUGUCUAUCUGGCCGCCUCACCGGUGGUUCGCCGACCUGAUCGCCUGAUCCAUCACACAAUCUCUGUGUGCGCUGCGCUUUCCAAGGCUCGUCUCACAGGCCUCGUGGUUUCCACAGCACUUGCAGGCUGUACCCUUGCUGCACCAACUUCCUUUGCUUCUGAGGCCUUCCUCGCACAUCCGGCCGCCAUGAUGUUUGCUCUGGCUCUCGGCACUGGCCUGACAUCGGCCUCUGCCAACACAAUUAACCAGGUUAGUCAUGCCUCGUCAACAUCGUUUAAUUUGUUCUCCCUCUCCUUUACAGUGUCUCUCGGGUAUAGUAGUACUCCUUCACGCAGUCCCUUCUCCCGAUUCGUCAGCACCACUAGCAGUUUAUCCUAAAGAGGUCCGUUUAUGUGGGCCAUCUUGAAGUCACUUGAGGGUUGUUCUUUAAGCUGUUCAAGGCCCUACUUUUGUUCCUGUUCGUGACUUAGCCUUACACUAACCGACCCGACACUGGGUCGUUAGACUACAGCUCCUACUAGCUUAAGCCAGUGAGCUGACUGUGUUUAAUCAACCAGAUUCGAGCGUCCCUGCGUUAUACGUAUAAAUUAAACCGUAUGAGAUCUGACGGGCAAGACUGCAUUUUAGGAGGAGAUGCAUACAGAAGCUGCCAAUUAUGGCAGCGACAUGGCAACUGUGUCCUAUAAACGUUCUAACCCUUGCGCGCCCAUAAUGCCUAUCUCCGCCGGUUGGUUCGAGUCUGAAUUCGAAACACCAAUGAUCGCGUCCCAUUUUUUUAACGGCUUCUUAGAGCUCAGCCUUUCACUUGUAUCAGCAAAAUCGCACCUGCCGAGCGGAUACUCCGCGCCUCCUCCUUCAUCUGUGUUCCCAACUGUUCAGUAUAAAUGGCACAGGUUCUUCACAGAAUCUAUCGAGCUAAGAUUGUUGAGAGCUCAACCUCGCAUUCACUGAUCGUUUCUUCUCACCCCCUCUCCUCACCAACUUGUAAACAAGAGCUUUAUGCCGCUGAAUGCGGACAGAACCAGUAUGCCAACAAGAUAGGAAUCGGUUCGUCGUUUCACUCCCGGAAUUUUGAGAUUUCGGUAUUUUGUGAGUUAUUCAGUUUCCUGGUCUUAGAAAGUCAUGCAUAUGACACCAGGUUCGUUGUUUGAUGUCGUUUAUAGCUCCCGUUUUAGUUCUAAGUCAGUCCGAUGCCCAGCUUUUGCGACACUUGAAAUGUGAGCAUGCGCUCUGAUGAUUCCUCUCGGAGACAUUCAUGUCAACCGUGACCUCAUUAUUUGAUAGCAAACUCGCCAGAUGGCGACGGCCUCUUAGCCAUAGAACAACCGUUGAAGCUGGUAGGUUGAAAUUUCGCUCUUCCGAUGUGGCGAUUUGCAGAUUCCCGAGUUGCCUGCCAACACCUGUGGUCGCUCCAUCAGGUCUCGCAAAUCGUUUCCAUGAAUUCCAGGUUGUCUCCCUUGGAAACAUGACUUGGUUGGCGAUUUCGAUUAAGUCAUACUACCGGAAGAUAUGUUACUAAAGUUCUGGCCUCCCCUAGUGGUAUCCUACGUUUUCUGAUGCACUGUACCUAUAAUACUUAGUUUACUUGCUUCUGAGGUGGUCCGCUCUGUUUCCACGCGUAGCUAUCACCAAGCUCUCUUCUAAGAAGUCGCCCGCGGUGGGCGAACUAUUGUUCCCGCCUGUCUCGAAGUCGGAGUGAAUACUGUUUCAUUGCAAUAACCGACGUUCUGUCGUGGGUCUCGUUGCUGGGACACGGUCAACUAUGCAGCGUGGCUUUCUGAGCUGUUCGCACUGACCUGUGAGAAGGUAUAGUGUAGUGCUUAGUAGAGUAGGUUCCAUCCACCCCAGACUUAAUCAAAGCUCUGCACGGCCGGGCUCUGUUGUUUGCUGGACUGUCUAUGAUGCGUAAUUACAACAGCUUCCGCCCUCCGGAGGGGAACAGACUAUUUAGAUACACCACUGCUACUACUACUACUACUACUACUACUACUACUACUACUACUACUACUACUACUACUAAUACUACUACUACUACUACUACUACUACUACUACUACUACUACUACUACUACCACCACCACCAGAAGUAUUACCAUGACGUAAGGGAGAGAGUAGCGGCUACGACUACGGGGAGGGAGGGCGAGUGAAGCAGUAGGUUUGAUGGCCUCACUUCUCUCAGGUCAGUGAUGCGCCAAUUUUCGAUCUUCAUUUCAUCCCGCAGUCCUCGCCUGCUGGACACACCGCUUUUUGCUUGGCUCGACUUAUAUUCGAAGUACAGACGCUGUUCUGUGCGCAGGGGAAUUUUUCUACCUGCUAUCAAUCACCUUCUUUGUAGUCCACCACCUUCCUGGUGCCGGGAUUUUAAUCCCCUGCUAUCUAGAUUUUUGAUUAUGGUACUGUGAUACUGUAGUAGUCAUAAUUGCCCUUAUGUUUAUCUCUUCCCCAGAUAAUCGAGGUGCCCUACGACAGUCAAAUGAAGAGGACUCAAUCUCGACCACUUGUUCGCGGCCUGACAACGUAAAUUUCCGGUUUUUGUCUUUUCUCCGCUUGCGCGAUUUCAUUUGGAAGUACUUGUGUGGACACCUGACCAGUUCUGGUACUGCCUGUUAUUUCUACGGUCAUUAUUGACACCGCUGCGGUAGUUUGCCUGCACUGUCCAACAAUGAAUCGCGCGGUCUCCGCCUCCCUCUCCUUCAUCAGUUGUAGGGCAGGGUCAGAACUGCUCUGAUUGUAAGAUGGGAUACAAACGCCAACCAGUCAAUCUCCAUGCAGGUGUGCAGCGCGGGUUGCCAGCUCCACUCCACAGUUCAAUCCAGUAGACACCCCUUCCGUCACAUAGUGUAGGCCCCGUUUCAAAUCUAACUCAUGACCACCACCAUCAUGGACGAGUAGAGCCCUUAGCGGGCGGGACCUGCCUGUUAACCUAGCUGUGGGCUAUCGGACACAUCCGCAGGUAGAGGCUGGCCGUAAACUGCUCACAAGCCCUAACGGUAUUGCAGGGCGAAUAUUGCCAGCAAUAAACUCAUGCCUCACCCCUAGCCCUCCUAAACUUUCUCGCCAUGGGGUUGGAUGGAGACGCGUCCACAUUCAAAUUAAGUUACCACAGGAAGCCGUUAGUCCAGAAAGCCGCCCCACGCGCCUACUGUUCGGUGAGGCACGGCUUAACCGGUUUUUUGGACAGCCGGAAGGUUAUGAUCCUUGGACGGUGUUCAAAUGACGCCGAGGGGAACAAUUUCUUAUCCGACAACAGUAACCGCCACCACUGGUGUCUCAUGCAUCGUGAUCUACGAAGGCCACUACUAUUCGAACGGUGCACCGCUGACAUGCGUGCCAUACACAUGCCUUCCUCUGCACGCAAAUGAAAUGAACUGCCAUGAACGCCGCACUAGAGCAUAGUCACUGAAACCUGAUUCUCAGCCUAUCGGAGGACCCUAGUUAUCGCCAGUCGGCAACAUCCAACGCCACGACCAUAAGCAGUGUUCCUGUGAGCGACUAUCUUGCACUUUUGGAUAGCCUCGUGGUGUUCGACCAUCUCAUUAGUGCUCAUUCCGUCGCUCUAGCAUAGAUGCCGUAUCACUUUCAUUCGCGGAGUCCAUAGUCCUGGCUUGCACCACAUCAACCACUGUGCGCGGACUCCAAUCCAGUAAACUUGGUUGUAACCUCUAGGAUUAAAAGAGUUUACCGAUGUCAGUCCGUUGACACAUCUAUCAGUGCUGCAAAGUUGGAUAGACUUUAAAGAGUUUUUGUUGCCCGAUUUUUGGUAGCUGUAUCGGGUAGCGAUGCAGUCUCGGCUUCUCAGUUGAUAGUCUACUCUUUGCUUGGAAUGGUGGAUAAGCGAUUUUAAUCCUAAACUUGACUUGAAUACAGUAGUUUGUGCUUGAAAAACCAGCAACAAGCACUUUAUUUCUACCAUAAGACAUCGUCGUAUUACGUUGGCGGCACGCCCAGGUGCGGCUUCGGCCGUGCCAGCCUCCAAAUCUCUGUUGUGGUUGGUUGAAAUCCUGGUCAUUUGUUGUGUGGACCAGGGGGUGUGGUGGAACGCCAAGGUGAGGAUCCGUCCGAGCCAUCCACCUGCGGCCUCCCUCGUCUCCGGUCUUCUUGACUCUGUCUUGACACCGGGCACGGGCGGGGGAGGAGGAGAGAGUGUAGGUAGAUGCUACGCAAGUCUACCGGCACUAUAAACCCCUGCGUAAGUCACCGUCCCUGCUCCCAUUGCUGCUGCAGCUGUGGGGCACACGGUGGACAUCAUCGAAACCGAUGGUCGAACUGUCAUUACGUUUUGAAGGAACACAUGUACAUUUUCACAUAAUACCUACCAAUUUAGUGGCCUCAUUUGUAAUGCCUUAAUAACCACUGCCAGCUACCCAUAGAUGUGACGAACUACGCUGUUUCGUGUUGCCUAAAUAUUAGACCUGAACAUGCGUCAGUGUUUGCCGCCAUCUCUGGACUCUCUGGCGUGAUCCUGCUCUACAAUGCUGUGAAUCCCUUGGUCGCAGGACUGGCGCUCGCCAACCUUCUCCUCUAUACCUCCGUCUACACACCUCUGAAGCGUAUCACCCAUGUAAACACCUGGGUUGGCUCUGUGGUGGGCGCAAUCCCACCUCUGAUGGGGUGGGCAGCAGCAACAGGACAUCUUGAGUGGGGUAAUUGUCUUUCUAGACCUCUGUACUGAUUUAAUUUCAGUAGACAUUUCAAGUAACUAUAAUUGCAUGUAGUAUGCGUUUUCUGGGCUCGUUGAGGCAUGUAGGUACAUCGCUGUUGGAAAUAGGAUGCUGACAUGUAACGCAAGUAAAAGCACUGCACCAGUAUCUGGUCGAAGGAAUCGAAAUAUUUCAGUAUUGGGAUGUCAAGCCUCCUUUUGUGUAUAGGCCCUGUUUGGACUGUAAUUGACUCGAACUUGGCGUUUUCAAUUGAUCGUAAUGCAUGUGACCGGACGGAUGUAGUCGCCCGCGGUCUUUAGGUUAUGGGCUUUCUGUGUCCAGUUUCCAGCGUACGCAUGACAACUUGGGACAAGUGGUGUCUCCUUUUUACGACCAACUGAUGUUCGUGCAUUCCUGUAGAGGCCGAUUUCCCAGUCUGACCACAUUAAACCGCAUUACAGGUGUUGCAGGGUAUCUUGUAGACGACUUCCUUAUUAUCUAAAUAGCCAAGCCUAUCCAUAGGGUGUACAAGCUGGUUACGAAGUGUAGUCGUCAGCUUGUGCGCCACAUGUAUUUGGUGCUUCCUCAGAUGUCGUUUAACUAGUUCGGGCACAUUCGUAAUGUACGGAAGUGUUCGCCAGUUUUUUGGUUUGGUCGCCUGAUCGGAACAAUCUAGUUCCUUGUCAUUUUCUUUUAACUCCUGCCGUUUCAUGCAUCAGUGUAGAAAAUAUCUAGGAUACCCAUUCUUGGAAAACAGUUUUAACAAAUAAUUCAGUUUUGUUUGACAGGUUUCUUUGUCAGAGCAGUGAGUUCUUGCGAGAUCGGCAGCUUCCAUCAGGGGCAUAAUUAAUUAUUUCAGUGAAGAAAAAUCACUGCUAUAGACGUGGCAACCUAUCUAGAACUUACGAUAGCUUUUUUUUUACUUUGAUUCCGGCAUGGGCGGUGCCUAUGCAGUGUACAAAUGUAUUUGAUUCGCGGACUCAUUGUUAUCUGCUCUAUCCGUUUAUUACGAACCUCUGAGUCAUUCAAAGGUGCUUUGGCGCUCUUGACAGAACGCAUAAACCAACUGAAAGUUGCUGAUAGACGCGAACAGGCGAGUUCCAGGUAGCAGUUCCGAAAACAGGUGCGAUCACUGAAACAAUAAAUUUAUUGGCCCGACGUAUCGAAUUCUCACGCGAACUCAUCAUCAGAGACGGUCGCAGAUAAGGGUAAUGGUGGCACAAGGAGUGCAGUAUUUGUAGCACGUGACUUCCGUGGGACCAUAUGCGUACUGUAAUUAACAGCUCUCGCAAUCACCGCUAGGCAGGGGAAUUGGUCACGUGGGGAGGGCGCGGGUGAGCAACUAUCCCGGUGACAGUGAGCCAAUUUGCCGAGCAAUCCUGACACCAACACCUAACACGGAUGACGAAAUCACGGCGGCAAGUAACGACUCGGAUGCGGGGAGUGAACACCACAUCUGACCUUUUAAUUAAGUCCUUCGGCGUCGAUCGCGGAGGAAGCACACCGACCUCGAAGUCCUCAAACUACUUCAGAGCUUCCCGCAGAAGGCGAGUUUCUCAAAAAUGCCCGAAGUGACCUAUUAUUUCCACCGCAACAUGCAUACGAUCUUCCAGUACUGCCCACAUCGUGACAGAUGCACUUAGCGCAGUUUGUAAUUUUAAUUUUUUUGAAAAAUUUUUCACAAGGAGCGGGAGCGGGCACAACUAGUAGUUAUUUACUUCACGAUGGAGACUUGGGACCUACAGUAGGUGGGCCAACUCAUGAAAUGUCAGCCGAAAUUCCGAAGUAUGUUUUCGUUUCGAAAAGAUUAAUUAAGUAGGGUUGUAAAACUAAUCGGUCUGCAAUAUAAUUCUAUAAUAACUCAGUUACCUCGAACGAACGGCCUUCCGGCUGCACACAAAAACUGUACUCUGUAAAAAAUGACUAGCAUGCAUUUGUCUAAUUGAUUUUUGGUGCCCCUUAAAGUCCAGAUAUAUUUUAUGGAAAUCGUAAAUAAAAAUAUUCAUUCUUUCGCUUACUCGGUAGAGAAUUACGUCUUCUUUCAAUUUUAUACUCGAAAGAAGGAAAAAAUUCGGUUUUAAAAAGUUUUUUAUUGUGAGACUUUUAAACACCUUGAAAUGGCCGUUCAUAGAACGUCAUGUGUCUGCAUUUACCAAUGUGGCUUCUAAAGUUAACAACAUGGAUCAAAUCCAGUGCUAAAUUUUAUGAACCCCAUACAGUCUACUCUCAAUACCGUAGAGAAGUGUGUGGUUUCCCGUACACGGAAAAUACAUGAUUUGUAGUUUGGAAAUCCUGAAUGCAAGUGUGACGGCAGAGGGGUUCAAAAUUAUUCGGAAAUCAGAAAAGUUUUUAAACACCGAAUAAUACCUUUCCUUCGAGUAUAACAUUGGAAGAAGACGUAAUUUCCUACCGAAUAAGUCAAAUAAUGAAUAUUUUAUGCAUGUUUUCCAUGAAAUAUAAUUGGACUUUAGGAGCAUCGAAAAUCAAUGAGAAAGAUGCAUGCUACUUAAGUAGUCACUUUUUACAGAGUAUAGUUUAUGCAUGCAGCUGCAAAGAUGUUUGUUCGAAAGCCGGCAUCCAUAGGUAACUGAAAUAUUAUAGAAUUAUGUUGCAUGCUGACUCGUUUUACAACCCUACCUAAUUAGUCUUUUCGAAACGAAUACGUAUUUCGGAAUUUCGGUUGACAUUUCAUGAGUUGGACCGCCUACUGUAUAUAUCCGAAGGAAAUAAGUCAUCUGGGAAAGAUAGCACAAUUUGUUUCGUAAAUUGCCGACUUUGGUUCUCCAAUUCGUCCUUAGAAUUGAAGCAGGCGUGCAAAACAGUUAAAGUUUAAGCACGCUUUAAAUCGAUAUUGCUCUGUCACUCCUGCCAGUCAGCCUUUACUGUGGGUUUUGUCCCUAGUUAAACUGCUGGCGCCACAUCUCCGAAAUAUCUCGGACGACCUUGAAAAUAGUGGGAGGGACGGGGUGUCGUAACUCAAAGACGCUCCGCUUCGGAUAGACAGUGGUUGCCAUAGCAGUAAACGCCACUCCUUCCAGCAACUGCGCAUUCCAGAGGAUGCAAGGGAGUAGCACUUGCAGGGAAUAUACAGUAGGUGGUAUAACUCAUGAAAUGUCAACCGAAAUUCGGAAAUGCGUUUUUGUUUCGAAAAGAUUAAUUAAGUGGGGUUGUAAAACUAGUCAACCUGCAGCACAAUUCUAUAAUAAUUCAGCUACCUCGGGAUGCCGACUUUCGAACGGACUGCAUGCGAAAACUACACUCUGUAAAAAAUGACCACAUAAGUAGCACGAAAUUUUCUCAUUCAUUUUCGAUGCCCCUAAAUUUCCACUUAUAUUUCGUGGAAAAAAUGCAUAAAAUUUUUUCAGUCUUUCACUCAGUCCGUGGACAAUUACGUCUUCAUUCAAUUUUAUACCGGAAAGAGGGACAUAAUUCGGUUUUAAAAAAAGUUUCUAAUUUUGAUGUUUUUAAUAACGUGAGAUGGCCGUUCAUAAAUCGUCAUGUCUCUACAUUUACCAGUGUGGCUUGUGAAAUUAACAAUGCGGAUCAAAUUCACUGCUACGUUUUACUAACCUUACAUGGUCUCUCUCUACUACCUUGGAGAAAUGUGCGGUUUUCCUUAUGCGGAAACCCUGAAUCCAAGUGUAACGUGAGAGCUGGUUCAACAUUAUUAGGACAUUGGAAACGUUUUUGAAAACUGAAUUGUAUCCCUCGUUCGAGUACAAAAUUGGAAGAAGACGUAAUUGUCUGCCAAAUAAGCAAAAGAAUGAAUAUUUUUAUGCAUGUUUUCCAUGAAAUAUAAUUGGGUUUCUAGCGGCAUCGAAAAUCAAUGAGAAAAAUUCAUGGUGUUUAAGAGUCAUUUUUUUACAGAGUGUAGUUUUUGCAGGCAGCCGCAAAAAAAUUCGUUCAAAAGCCGGCAUUCUGAAGUGACUGAAUUAUCAUGAGGUUAUGCUGCACGCUGAUCAAUAUUACAACCCUACUUUAGUAGCCUUUUCGAGUCCAAAAUGCAUUUUAGAAUUCCGGUUAACAGUUCAUGACUUAGCACAUCUUCUGCGUUGGAUGGAGGCGGUCCCCACGACACUCGCACCAGCCACUAGGCAUCUGUGUCGAAGAAGGCAGAGGCGGGGGGAGGCACAACUAGCAACUAUUUACUUCCCGAUGGAGGCUUGGGACCUACGUACCAGGUGCCUUUCCCGUAAGCUGCCCAACCACGUCUGUGAACUCAUCUACAUGUUCUGCCUCCUGAAUCACAGUGCUAGCCGAUGUUAGCCUGCUAAACUUUCCUCCUGGGUUAUUACAAGACAGUGUCCUUAUACGCAGGUUGUUUAAGUAGCCUGUUAUUUCUGCGUUUCAGGGUCUCUAAUGUUGGCAGGCCUACUGUACUGCUGGCAGUUCCCCCACUUCAUGGCGCUGAGCUGGAACCUACGACAGGACUACGCCAGGGCCGGCUACGUCAUGACCUCCAAUGUGAAUCCAGGCCUCUGUAAGCGCACCUCUCUGCGUCACGCAGUUGCCUGUGCCCUCGUCUGCUUGGCAGGCGCCGGUUGCAGCGCCGUCAGUCUGGGCCCCUGGGCCGGUUGGUCUCUCGGUCUCGGCAGCCUGCCUGUGAACGCCGCCCUCAUCUACUACGCCUGGGGCUUCUACAAGGCCGCCCCGGAGGGCAGUUCGGCAGCGGCGAGGCGCCUCUUUCGCGCCUCUCUCAUCCACCUGCCUGUUGUAAUGAGUGCGAUGCUCAUCUGCACUCACUGGAGUUCUGCUCCGUGGAUUUGA